AUGAAUAAAUAUUUUUAUUACAAUAGUGAUGAUCUCGGUGAAUUUGUUGAAUCAGCUGGUAAAUUUUAUGUCGAUGAGUUAGAGUCUCGUGGCUUGCAAACAUCCCAAGAUGCCAAAAAAUAUGCAAUCUCUACAAAAUUAGAUGAUUUAAUCGAUAACACUGAUAAAACUUUAGUUGUGCAAUUUUCGGUAAAGCAUGAACAAAAUAUCGAUUGUGGAGGUGGUUAUAUCAAGCUUUUACCUGAAGAUUUUGAUCCUUUGAAUUUUAAUGGUGAUUCAAAAUACAACAUAAUGUUUGGUCCAGAUAUUUGUGGACCUAAACUUGAUAAUAAAGAAGAAGCAAGUGGUAAUUUAGAAGAUGAUUUCGAUUUUCUUCCUCCAAAAGAAAUUAAUGAAGAUUGGGUAGAUGAUGAAUUAAUAAUAGAUCCAAAUGACACUAAACCAGAAGAUUGGAAAGACGUUCCACAAACAAUACCUGAUCCAGAUGCCGAAAAACCAGAUGAUUGGGAUGAUGAGUCAGAUGGUGAUUGGGAAGCACCACAUAUCUCAAAUCCCGAUUAUCAAGGUGAAUGGAAACCAAAAAUGAUAAAAAAUCCAUUAUACAAAGGCCCGUGGAAACAGCCAAAAAUCUCAAAUCCUGACUAUAAACCAGACCCAUCACUUCACGCCUACAAAACUUUAUAUGUUGGAUUUGAAUUAUGGCAAGUUAAAUCUGGUACUAUUUUUGAUAAUAUUUUGAUUACGGACGAUGUUGAAUUUGCCUCGACUUUUGCAAACCAAACAUUUGAGAAAUUCCGUGAACAAGAAAUCGAAGCGAAAGAAAAAUUGGAUUCAUCCGAGACAAUUAAGGUUUCUGAUGAUCCUGACGAAGAAGAUCUUGAUUUAGAUUCAGAUUUAACUGAUGAUAUUACUGAUAGUUUCAGUGGUAAAGAUGAUAAAAAAUUAAACGUUCAAGAUAAUCAAGAUAAUCAAGAAAUUCUUAGAGCGUGA